AUGGAAGUUGAAGGCAUGCAUGCCGGCAAACAUCAAGACGACGGCGAAUGGUCCACCGGUUUAUGUGAUUGCUUCGAGGAUGUCCCCAACUGUUGUAUGACAUUUUGGUGCCCUUGCGUUACCUUUGGUGAAGUUGCUGAGAUUGUAGACCGAGGUUCCACUUCAUGCGGUACGGCGGGUGCGCUAUACACGUUAAUAGCGUGCGUCACGGGAUGUGCAUGCUUUUACUCAUGCUUUUACCGAACAAAAAUUAGAAAACAAUACAAUCUUAAGGGUGAUGAUUGUGAAGAUUGCCUCUUGCAUUUCUUUUGUGAGGUUUGUGCUUUAACACAAGCCUAUCGCGAGCUCAACCACCGUGGUUUCGAUGUCUCCCUCGGAUGGCACGGAAACGUUGGACGUCAAAGCGGCGGCGUUGCGACGGGUGCUCCGGUUGUAGAGGGAGGCAUGACGAGAUAA